GCUCGCUUUACAAAUGCGUACUCUGGCAAUGGCUGCGUGUUGUGUUGUUUCGAUUCGAUGAGAAUUUGGCUUUCCUACGGAUUUAUUAUACAGUAAACAUACGUAAUUGUUCAUGACUUAGCUAUUUAAAAAGACUUCAAAAUGAGUUUCACAAGUGACGAGGUGAAUUUCCUGGUCUACCGCUACUUACAGGAAUCAGGCUUCCACCACUCGGCGUAUACAUUUGGGAUGGAAUCUCACAUUUCUCAGAGCAAUAUCAAUGGUGCACUUGUGCCACCCGCGGCAUUGCUGAAGAUUAUUCAGAAAGGCGUCGAGUACACAAAUGCCGAGAUCUCAGUAGGAGAAGAUGGUACAGAGACUCGACUCACAGAAAGCCUGAGUCUGAUAGAUGCAGUCACUCCAGACAUAGUGGCAGCAAGGCAGAAUGCACACAAUGCCCAGAAGCAAGCCAUAAAGACAGACCCUGGUUCAGGUGGCGAGCAGAAUGGGGUUGAUGCCACUGCAUGUAGCACAGCCAGCACAGCGGGAGGGUCAGCCACUCCCAGUGCAGCUGAGAGCAUGGAUGUGGACCAGUCCAUAGAGAUCCCAGCCAGCAAAGCCACAGUCCUCCGAGGGCAUGAGUCUGAGGUGUUCAUCUGUGCCUGGAACCCCAGCACAGAUCUGUUAGCCAGUGGCUCCGGGGAUAGUACUGCCAGGAUAUGGGAUAUGUCGGACAACCCAGCCACCACUCCCAAUCAGCUGGUGCUCAGACAUUGCAUCCAGAAGGGAGGAGCUGAAGUGCCCAGUAACAAGGAUGUUACUUCUUUGGACUGGAAUUGUGAUGGCAACCUGUUGGCUACUGGAUCAUACGACGGUUAUGCUCGAAUCUGGACUACAGAUGGCACACUGGCUUCCACACUGGGCCAGCACAAAGGGCCCAUAUUCGCGUUGAAGUGGAACAAACGGGGAAACUAUAUACUCAGUGCAGGGGUGGACAAAACUACCAUCAUCUGGGAUGCCGCGUCAGGGCUGUGUACCCAACAGUUUUCGUUCCAUUCUGCACCAGCCCUGGACGUGGACUGGCAGACCAACACCUCCUUCGCGUCGUGCUCCACGGACCAGUGCAUCCAUGUGUGCAGGCUCCAUGUCGACAAACCUAUCAAGAGCUUCCAGGGGCACACUAAUGAAGUGAAUGCUAUCAAAUGGGAUCCACAAGGGCAACUCCUAGCCUCAUGCUCUGAUGACAUGACCCUCAAGAUAUGGUCUAUGAAGCAAGACACGUGCGUCCAUGACCUCCAGGCUCACUCUAAGGAGAUCUACACCAUCAAGUGGUCGCCGACGGGGCCGGGGACACAGAACCCCAACAUGAACCUGAUACUGGCGAGUGCGUCAUUCGACUCCACCGUACGUCUAUGGGAUGUGGACCGCGGCGUGUGCAUCCACACACUGACGAAACACACUGAGCCUGUGUACAGUGUUGCAUUCUCACCUGAUGGCAAGUUCUUGGCGAGUGGGUCGUUUGACAAGUGUGUGCACAUUUGGUCGACGCAGACGGGCAGCCUGGUGCACUCAUACAAGGGCACGGGCGGCAUCUUCGAGGUGUGCUGGAACUCCCGCGGCACCAAGGUGGGCGCCAGUGCCAGUGACGGCAGUGUCUUUGUUUUAGAUCUUCGCAAACUCUGAGGUUAAAUUUAAUGGAGCCAUCAAGAUUGGGCUUUCAAAGCCAGUGGAAGGAAUGAUAGCUCCAUUUUCCUCUUUGAGGGACAGUUUGUAAAUAAUUCUGAGUAUUAAGAUUUGUGAGGUUGAGCCAGGCAAGUGCAAACAUAGCCAUUAAAGAUAGGUAUUACUAUAAACAGAUUCCCUAAGAACCAUCAGUAAAAUACUUAAUUUGAGGGUGAAGGUGACUUUUUGUUAGUGGCUGCAGUUAAAAAGACAGUUGUGAUUGAUUAAAGAUUACUUCUUUGUUGAAUAGACUGUAAAGAUUUUUGUAUGCUAAUUAGUUCUGCAGCCCUGUCUGCUAUUUCCCAAUUUGUUUCCAAUCAAACAGUGAGACUUCCAUUAUUCACUUGCGUUUCUGUGUCUGUAUUGUAUUUGUAUGCAUUUUUCAAUGUAAGUAUGCAGUUAUAUUAUUAUGUUCUAAUUCUAAUUGAAGAUAAGAUUUAAGUAUGAAGAAGGUAAUAAAAGUAUGUAACUUC